AUGGUCCAGAAACCUGACGCCGCCCUGACUGACGACAAUGCUUCUGUGAGGAUAUUCGCCCACACUCUCUCCGAGGAAGAGCUCUUCCAUGAGAGCCAACGGCGCUAUGCGCCGAUGUUUUCUUACCCGCCCGACCGCCCUGUGGUCUUUGUCAAAUUCGGUGGCCUCGAGAAACAGGCGGAGGGAGACAUGCAGAGGCUCGCGUUUGGCUGGCUAAGCACAGAACAAGAGAAAAAACCCCACUGCAAUGUUUAUAUCCCGGAGGUCUACAAGAUAUUUAGUAGACAUGGCGUGACUUUCAUCGUCAUGCAGUUUAUUGAAGCAAGUAGCAUCCAAGACAUUGCAAAGCAGCUAGGAACUCAGCAUUGGGAAGAUCGUAAGUCUAAGUACUACGAUUUAAUUGCUGAGGGAAUUCAGUUGCUUCGUGGUAUGCCUCUACCUAGUGACCCGACCCCGGGUCCACGCACGAGCUCUCGACGUAUCAUCAAACACAUGCUUUUCAAGGACCACGAAGCGCCAGUUGAGUACGAUACUAUCGAAGAAUUGCAAGACCACUUGAAUAGGGUUGUAAGAUUGGGAUACUGCAAUAAUCUUAAUCUACCAGUGGUUGAUCUGGAGAAAGAGCUUGUAUUUUGCUAUACAGACUUUAACGACGAAAACUUCAUGUUCACCACUGAUGCCGAUCGCGGUCCUCGCCUAUACAUCGUCGACUUUGAACAUGCCUCAUUCUUGCCUGGGACAGGAUUGGGAGCUCUCUACCGCGAAAUAACCUAG